AUGGAUCUGUCAGACUUUCCCUUCUUUCUCUCUUCAGCAGAUGACCUCUAUGACCCCUGCUUCAGCACCAGUGACCUGAACUUUUUUGAUGACCUUGACACCCGGUUGAUGCAUGCCAACUUUUUGAAGUCAGAGGACCAUCUUCAGCACCACGUCCCCAUCACAGAAGAAGAGGACCAGCAUGUGAGGGCCCCUGGGGGUCUCCACCAGGCAGGUCACUGCCUGCUGUGGGCCUGCAAGGCCUGCAAGAGGAAGACAACCCAUGCAGACCGGAGGAAAGCGGCAACCAUGCGUGAGAGGCGACGACUCAGUAAAGUCAACGAUGCAUUCGAGACACUGAAACGCUGCACAGCUUCCAAUCCAAACCAGAGACUGCCCAAGGUGGAGAUCCUCCGCAAUGCAAUCAACUACAUUGAGUCACUACAGGCGCUGCUCAGAAACAGCCAGGAUGAUAGCUUCUACCCGCAGCUUGAACACUAUGGGUGUGACUCAGGAACCUCCAGCCCCCACUCCAACUGCUCUGAUGGCUCGGUGGAUUUUAUCUCGCCGAGUUCAGCCAGAAGUGAAAACAGUGACGCUUCGUACUGCAGCCAGACAGCAGAGGGUGACAGCAGCAGCAGCAGUAAAACAUCACUCAUUUCCAGUUUGGACUGUUUGUCCAGCAUUGUAGAGAGGAUCAGCACAGAUCAGACUGCAGCCCCCCCUGGGGACAGCGUGGUCCCCCAAGGCCCUGGAUCACCUCACACCGGCACUGCUAUCUCCAGUCUGUCUGCCGAGUCCAGCAACAUUUGUGAAUCCGUCUAA